UAAGUACUCGAGAGAGACUAUGCCUUCAAUUCAUUUUUCCUCUCUGGCCACAUUUUCUCCCCGAUUCGCGUGGUAUUCCCUAGCACCAAAAUAAACCUCUGUCUGCCUGCCUGUUAUUCCUACGCAGCACAGCACAGCACAGCACACACGAAGAAGAAGAAGACAGCAAAAACCUAAAUCCCUAUAUAUCUAUCUAUCUAUCUAUCCAUCUUUGCUGUCUGUCUGUCUGUACAUAGACGAGACGAGAGGAGAGGAGAGGAAGGAGGAUUUGAUUACUGCUUGAAUUGCUUCCCUUCCCUUCCUAGUGUGUGUUUUUGCGAACAAGAAAAAAAGAAACAAAAAAAAGUGAAAAACUAACCUGGGAUCUUGGCCCUUUCUACAAAUGCUCCCUCAUUUUGUAGCGGGCAAGGGUUUUCACGUCUGAUCAAAUAUUGGUGAGCGGGGUGUUUUCAGCUGGAAUUAGGGUUUUGAUCAGCCUAUUCUGGAAUAGGAGCAUUCAUUGGAAACUGCUGAGGUUUCCUGGUGCUUGCCCAGGCGGACUCCACCCUGCAGGUUGAAAAUUUAUUUGGAGUUGGCUUUCCCCUAAGGAGCUCAAAACUCAUCUUUAAGUGUAAGCAUUGUAAUUCUGAGUCAAGUUGCUUCCAGAGAGGGCAUGGAGGAGGACUGUUCACACAAAUAUACUUAGCCAGAACUGGAGAAACCAUAAUUUUUGGAUUUUCUUAUGAGAUUAGGUUUGGAACUUUUAAUUUAGUCGGGGAUUGAUCUUUGGAAGUACAUUUUUGGCGAUUGAAGUGUAAAGUGAGACUGAUGAACUCCUGAGUGAUAUUUCUUGGUAGACCUCCAAAAGCAUCAUCCAUCAGUAAAACAUAUUAUAAAGAAGCUCUGUAGAUUACCCAAGCGUUUCUGCAAAAGUUUUUUUUGUGAGAGCUUAAACUAUCCUUCAUUCUGUUACCCGAAUAUCUUACUGAAUACGUUGCUAUUGAACCUGCGCGGCUGACUCUGGCUACUUUUUCUGUAAACCUUUUGUUGUGUGAUAAAGACGCGGUACUGGGAUUGACAUUGGAGACGAUCUUUUAGAAUUUGUAUGCAUGUAGUAUAAAGCCUGAAAUAACAAAAGCGCUUGUGUGGAUUGGCUGAGCUGGGGAAUGAGCAAGUGGCUAGACAGAUUCAGAGCUAUUCUGGAAAUCAGUGUGCAGUGAUAGCAUGGGCAGCCCUGUAGUCACAGGAUUAUUGCAAUAUUGAAGCUAUACUGCGAAAGUAACAAAAGAUUAUUUAUUUUUUGAUUGUGGUAUUUUAUUUAGAAGGGAAAGUGUGCAAUGUCUCGCUGCUUUCCAUUUCCGCCACCAGGAUAUGAAAGACAGCAUCGACCAGAAGAGUUGAACUUAUUGAAAGAGGCAAAGCACAAAGAGAAGAAACACAAGAAAGCGAAAAAGGACAAGGAAAAGAAGAGAGAUAAAGAAAAGGAUAAAGAUGGAGGUAGUGAGAAGCACAGAGACAAGAAAGAUAAAAAACACAAGGACAAGAAAGAAAAGCACAGGGACAAGAAGAAGGACAAAGACAAGGACAAAGAGGAUCGAGGGAAAGACAAGGAGAAAAGCAGCAUUUCAGAGGAGUCAACAGUUGCCAGGAAUCUUGACGAAGAAAGUCGAGUUAAGGUUCAUCCAAUAGGUCACGGUAAUGACAGAGGAGGUUUAUCAAACGUGGGAAAAUAUACUACCCUCUAUCAUGGUCAAAAUGGUAUGAGACCUUCACUGGGCAGUCAGCUCUCCCAGGCAAUCGAUGAUUCAAAAUUUGUGCAGGAACUGGAUAGGAGAAUCAGAGAUGAUGAGAAUGGUAGAGGUAGUCAAUUGCCUCAGAAGGUUCCUGAUGUGGACAAGAGGGGUCAAGAGAUGGCGGGAUAUGCUGCUGUCAGGCAUUCUUUGGAAGUGCUGUCAGAUGAAAAGGUCGAUAACAGAAUUAAAAGAAUUGAUAGAAAAACAGAUCCUCAUGGACUUGGGAAUGAGUAUAGGGGGAAUAAAUUGGUCCCCAAAGCAUCCCCAACAUUGAAAAAUAAAGCUAAAGGAAUUCCUGGUCACAAUGAUGUACAAAAUGGCAGAUUGACUGGCGAUAAGGAGGGAUACAAGGAAUUAGGUGACAAUAAGUGGAGGGAUAAGCAGAAGGCUAGAGAGAAUGAAAUCCUUGAGAAGGAAAAAGAGAAGAAAAAGGAUGACAUUGUAAAGAUCAAAACUGAAAAUAAAAAAAAUGAGUUGGGCAAGUUGAAAGAUGACGGGAGAAGUAUUGUUGGUGGAUUUAUCAGCCGUACAAGCACUGAUGUGUUGAGGAGUUCUGACAACAAUUCUUUUAGUGGAGGAAAAGUUCGAAAAAGAGAAGAUACAGAUACAAAUGGUUUCCUUCAUGAGACUGAUAUCAGGCCUAAUAAAAUCCAAAGAAUGGCCCCUCAUCACGCAACCGAGAACGGAAGGAAGCUUGAAGCCUUACAAACUCCCAUUAAACCCUCCCAUGAUAUGCAGGCUGCUCCUGAAUUGGUUCGACCGAACAAAAAGGAUCAGCCAAAGAAUGGCAUGGUAGAAGUCCCUAAGCCAUUUCCACCUAAACUGAAUCCUUCUGCUUCAAAGACACCCCAUGAUUCAAAUACAAGCAAGGCAGUCAAGGUGCCGGACUUAGAGGAUCUGAUUGGUGAAGCAUUAAGGAGGCCACCCCAUCCCGACUCCAAGUACCUGACCGAAGUGCUUGCAGUACCCAAGAUAACAGACUGGUCCGAAGAUGACGACCAUAACUGGAUUUCCAAAAAGAAGAGCCCUUCAUCAAUGAGACCUGCAGCAGAUUCAGCCGGCAACGAGCGCGUAUGGUCGGAAGCUGUACAUAUAGAGAAAGCUGAUGUCUAUGCUCUGCCUUAUGUGGUUCCAUACUGAUAUUUGGCCAUUAGCCUUUGCCUGACUGACAUGGAUGGUAAUGUAUGCUGCUUUCCGGAAAGUAUUAUGCCGCGAGUGGCUCUUUUGCAAGAUGUUCGAAUUUCAGGCUUCUACUGCCAUUUUAUCCCAAGCCUGCGCCAUUUGCAGCGCGCCCUGCGCUUAACUAGGGUAGGGUAGUGUAGGGUAGGGUUGGGUCGGGGUGAAUUUGUGAGGUUUUUUUGUCGGUGGAUCGAUGAAUUAGGGGCAUGCCAAGGGAUGAGAAAGAGGGUGAGGAUGAGGAUGAGCUUCUGCAACUAAAAGUGUAGUUGAAGAAGAAGUUGAAAAGUUGAUGAUGCAUUUGUGAUUGAGAGUAGUAGUGAUAGUAGUAAGUGCAGCUCUAGUUUUACAUCAACACCAGGAUUUUGAUUGUAAGAUAGAACACACUUAUUAUUAUUAUUAUUAUUAUUAUCAUUAUUAUUAUUA